AUGGCUAACUUCACGUACAGGAGCCGCUCAUGUGGUGACAACCUUAACGACAGUCUUAACAACAGUCUUAAAGACAGUCUCAACAACAGUCUUAACGACAGUCUUAACGACAGUCUUAACUACACCCUUAACGACAGUCUUAACAACAGUCUCAACGACAGUCUUAACAACAGUCUUAACAACAGUCUUAACAACAGUCUUAACAACAGUCUUAACGACAGUCUUAACGACAGUCUCAACAACAGUCUUAACGACAGUCUUAACGACAGUCUCAACAACAGUCUUAACGACAGUCUUAACGACAGUCCUAACGACAGUCUUAACAACAGUCUUAACAACAGUCUCAACAACAGUCUUAACGACAGUCUUAACAACAGUCUUAACGACAGUCUUAACAACAGUCUUAACGACAGUCUUAACAACAGUCUUAACGACAGUCUUAACUACAGUCUCAACAACAGUCUUAACAACAGUCUUAACGACAGUCUUAACGACAGUAUUAACAACAGUCAUAACGACAGUCUUAACUACAGUCUCAACAACAGUCUUAACAACAGUCUCAACGACAGUCUCAACAACAGUCUCAACGACAGUCUCAACGACAGUCUUAACUACAGUCUCAACAACAGUCUUAACGACAGUCUUAACAACAGUCUUAACGAGAGUCUCAACUACAGUCUCAACAACAGUCUUAACAACAGUCUCAACAAUCUUGACUACAGUCUCAACAACAGUCUUAACGACAGUCUUAACAACAGUCUUAACGACAGUCUCAACUACAGUCUCAACAACAGUCUUAACAACAGUCUCAACAAGUCUUUAAGUCUCAACAACAGUCUCAACGAUAGUCUCAACGACAGUCUUAACGACAGUCUUAACAACAGUCUUAAUGACAGUCUUAACAACAGUCUCAACGACAGUCUUAACAACAGUCUUAACAACAGUCUUAACGACAGUCUUAACAACAGUCUCAACGACAGUCUUAACAACAGUCUUAACAACAGUCUUAACGACAGUCUUAACAACAGUCUUAACGGCAGUCUUAACGACAGUCUCAACAACAGUCUUAACGACAGUCUUAACGACAGUCUCAACAACAGUCUUAACGACAGUCUUAACGACAGUCUUAACAACAGUCUUAACAACAGUCUCAACAACAGUCUUAACUACAGUCUCAACAACAGUCUUAACGACAGUCUUAACAACAGUCUUAACGAGAGUCUCAACUACAGUCUCAACAACAGUCUUAACAACAGUCUCAACAAUCUUGACUACAGUCUCAACAACAGUCUUAACGACAGUCUUAACAACAGUCUUAACGACAGUCUCAACUACAGUCUCAACAACAGUCUUAACAACAGUCUCAACAAGUCUUUAAGUCUUAACGACAGUCUUAACAACAGUCUUAACAACAGUCUUAACGACAGUCUUAACAACAGUCUUAACGACAGUCUUAACAACAGUCAUAACGACAGUCUUAACUACAGUCUCAACAACAGUCUCAACGAUAGUCUCAACGACAGUCUUAACGACAGUCUUAACAACAGUCUUAAUGACAGUCUUAACAACAGUCUCAACGACAGUCUUAACAACAGUCUUAACAACAGUCUUAACGACAGUCUUAACAACAGUCUCAACGACAGUCUUAACAACAGUCUUAACAACAGUCUUAACGACAGUCUUAACAACAGUCUUAACGGCAGUCUUAACGACAGUCUCAACAACAGUCUUAACGACAGUCUUAACGACAGUCUCAACAACAGUCUUAACGACAGUCUUAACGACAGUCUUAACAACAGUCUUAACAACAGUCUCAACAACAGUCUUAACUACAGUCUCAACAACAGUCUUAACGACAGUCUUAACAACAGUCUUAACGAGAGUCUCAACUACAGUCUCAACAACAGUCUUAACAACAGUCUCAACAAGUCUCAACGACAGUCUUAA